AUGUCGACAUCUGCCGCUUUAUCAGUUAUACAAAAAGAAUUCAGUCGAUAUUCUGCAUUAUUAACUAUUGGUGGUGGUGUAUUUGGGAAUAUUUGUAUUCUCAUUUUGUUCAGUCAACAUUGGAAAAAUUCUUGUGCAUUAUGUUUGUUAUGUGCUGCAGUAUUCAAUGCUUUUAAUAUUAUUGUUAAUUCGUGGUCGAGAUUGUAUGCUACAUUUAGUCCAGAUAUAACAAACUUCAAUGUGGAUUUGUGUAGACUACGAUUCUAUUCUGGUCAUGUAUGGAGUCAGGUAGGAAGGUAUAUGAUCUGUCUUGCUUGUAUAGAUCGUUAUUUUCUUAUCACAAACAAUAUUCGUUUUCGAAUCAUUAAUCGACCUGUUGUUAUACGAAGUAUUAUUGGAGGUGUCGUUGUUUUUUGGCAUGUGGUAGGUAUUCAUGUGGCUAUUCUAACAAAAAUUGAAAAUGGACUCUGCAGUCAAUUUGGUAUUUACAAUAUUAUAUAUUUCAUUUAUACUAUAAUUGUUGUUAGUUUCAUUCCACCUUUAUUAAUGAUGAUCUUCGGUGUACGAGGCUAUCUUAGUAUGAAGCGUUUGCAUGCACGCGUUCAACCGUUAGGCAACGUGGUUGCAGGUAAUAACGGUAGUACCAUUGCCAAUCGUCGAGAUCGAGAUUUAUUACGCAUGGUUCUUGUUGAAAGUGCUGUUUAUGUGGCGACAAAUGCUUUCUUUCCAUUCAUCAAUUUGGAGAUUGGAAUAACUAAUUAUAUGGGCCUUCAAAAGAGUCCCCUGUAUCGUCAAAUCGAAGUCUUUUUAUCAAAUCUAGGAUCAGUACUUGUUUACUUCAAUAACGCUGUCCCUUUUUAUACCUAUUUGGCGGCAUCAAAAACUUUUCGUAAAGAUGUGAAAGAGUUAUUUACUAAAUUCUGGCGCCGAUUGAUCGGGUAA